ACAGUGUAAACGAAAACAGAGCCAGCCACCAUCCUCCAUUAAAGAAAUGCGCAGAGAUAGCUUCUUUUUUUUGACACGAACAACAGAGGAGGCUUUAUUGCUGUCUGUCCCUAUAUAUAUAAAGCCAAACCUCCAUUGUUAGGUGGCAAAAGCGAUACGCCGGUUGCUGGGAUUGCAGGGGAAAGAAGCAGUGGUGGGUGAAGCUGAAGCUCUCUGGAGGCCAAGAAGAUCCGAUCAGUAAUGGCAAGCUUCACCUACACUGUCCUAUUCAGAAUUAUUCUGGUCCUUCUUAGUCUCUCAGAUUCAGCUCUGUUCCAUGUGCAGAGCUUAAGCUACGGCAUCAACUACGGCCAAAUCGCCAACAACCUGCCUUCCCCAUCCCGAGUAGCGGUGCUCCUCCAGUCCCUCAACGUCAGCAGAGUCAAACUCUACGAUGCCGAUCCCAACGUCCUCCAAGCCUUCUCCAACUCCGAGGUCGACUUCAUCAUCGGCCUCGGAAACGAGUUCCUCCCCAACAUGACUGACCCUCUCAAGGCCCAGAAUUGGAUCCAACAACACGUCACCCCUCACCUCCCUCAGACCAAAAUCUCCUUCAUCCUCGUCGGCAACGAAGUCCUCGGCGGCAACGACACCAAGCUCAUGUCGUAUCUCCUCACCGCAAUGCAAUCCGUCUACGCCGCUCUUGUCAACCUCGGCCUUUCCAAAACCGUCACCGUCGUCACCGCGCAUUCCCUCAAUAUUAUGGGAAGCUCGUACCCGCCGUCGGCGGGGACUUUCCGGGAAGAUCUCGCACAAUAUAUCCAACCACUUCUGAACUUCCACUCACAAAUCAAUGCCCCUUUUCUCAUAAACGCGUAUCCUUAUUUCGCUUACAAGGAUAGUCCUAAUGAAGUUCCAAUAGAGUACGUGCUUUUUCAGCCAAACUCCGGCAUGAAUGAUUCCGGAACUAAUCUUCACUACGAUAACAUGCUCGAUGCUCAGAUUGACGCUGUGUACGCCGCAAUGAAAGUGAUGGGGCACACUGACAUAGAAGUUCGGAUAUCGGAGACAGGGUGGCCAUCCAAGGGGGAUGAGAAUGAAGCCGGAGCCACGCCGGAGAAUGCCGGGAUUUACAAUGGGAAUCUGCUGAAGAAAAUUGCGGAGAAGAAAGGUACACCAGCCAGGCCUGACAUUCCUAUUGAUACGUACAUUUUUGCUCUGUUUAAUGAGGACUUGAAGCCCGGUCCGGCGUCGGAGAGGAACUACGGGCUGUUUUAUCCGGAUGGGACUCCGGUGUAUAAUAUCGGAGUUGAUAGUUACCUUCCCACGUUAAUCUUUUCGUCAGCAGCUCAUGAUGUUAAUGCUUUGUCCAUCUUCAAUUUUCUGAUAUUUCUUACAGUGUACUUAUUAUGGGAAUAGAAGGUCUCAUACAUUUGUGAAGUUUUGGGAAGCAGGGAGACUGGAGCAACAUGAAGAGUUCCUGGAGAUUUUUUGGGAAGGCAGAAGGAAUUCUGAUGAAUAGGUUAUAGCUUUGAUUUUUAUACUGUAUAUGAAUCCUUCUUCACAUUGAUUUUUAUUAAUUUAUAUAACAAAAGAAGUCAUUAUUGAUCUACUUACACAUUGCUGAACAAUAGAUGGGAAUCAACUUGCAUUCUGUUUCAUUUGUAUCUUCUCGUCUGAUUUGCCUGAUCUGUUAUGUAGAACGUACUAUGAUUGCAUUUACAAUCAUUUUCAAC